AAAAAUCAAUACUGACAGAUAGCGAUUGGAAAAAAUUAUGGAUGAGCGCUGGUGGAGCUAAUCAAAAAACGGAUAACAAUUUAGAUUCAAGUGAUUCACCUGCCUUCGAAGAUAGUGAAAUGAUGGCACAUAAUACGACCGUCCAGCUAGGAGGAACAGCAUUUUUAGUUUGCAAAGUUUCUGGAGUGGACAGAGUGGGUGUAAAUUGGAAUCAGAUAUCCUGGAUAAGAAGACGAGAUUGGCAUAUAUUAUCAUCAGGAGCUCAAAUGUAUACAAAUGAUGAACGGUUUGCGAUAUUACAUACGCCAGGAUCAAAUACAUGGACAUUACAAAUUAAAUUUGUACAAAGACGAGAUCAUGGAAUGUAUGAAUGUCAGGUAUCGACUCCAACUGGUGUAAUAUCACACUUUGUAAACCUUCAAGUUGUUGUACCGGAGGCAUUUAUACUUGGUUCUGGUGAAUUGCAUGUUGAUAUGGGCUCAACAAUUAAUUUGGUUUGCAUCAUUGAAAAGAGUCCAACCCCACCUCAAUAUGUGUAUUGGCAGAAAAAUGAUCGCCUAAUUAAUUAUUACGAUUCAAGAAGAGAUAUAACAAUUGAAACAACACCUGGUCCACGUACACAAAGUCGACUGAUUAUUAGAGAACCACAAAUAGCUGAUUCAGGUAAUUAUACCUGUUCAGCAAGUAAUACAGAACCAGCUAGUAUAUAUGUAUUUGUAUCCAAAGGUGAUAAUAUGGCUGCAAUAUCUAGGCGGAAAACAUCGUCAGCCGAUCGAAUUUCAACGAUAUUUAAAAAUUUACUGGUUCCAUCAGUUUUAGUAAAUACUUUAAUGUUAAGAUAUUUUAUUCUAACCUAGAAUUAAAUUUAGUUAAAUUUAAGUUACAUAUUAUAAAUUAUUAUUAAUAAAAUUUUAUGUAUAAAUUAAAUAAAUUAAAACAAAAAAAAAAGAAAAACACAAAAAAAAAUAAAAUGAAAAUCUUAUAAAAAUAAAACUAGAAAAUUAAUUAAUUUAAAAAUUAAAUAAAAAUAAAGAAAGAAAAAAAAACCAUUCACUAUAAAAUAUUACAAAAAAAAUAUGAGAAAAUAUUUCGAAAAAAAAAAAAUAAAAAAAAUUGUAAUAGCAAACUGUGCAAUAUUUUACAAACAUGCAUAACGUAAAACUUACAAACGCAUUAUAAAAAUAUGUACGAAUGUUCGAGUGCAUAUAAGGGAAUUAAAAAAAAAAAAUUAAUAUUUUUUUAAAUUAUGUUUUUUUUUUAAUUUUUCUGAUUAAAUUGAGCGUAAAAAAGUUGUGUUCGUUUAAAUACAAAAAAUUAAAAAAGGGAAGAGAAUGAAAAAACCAAAUAAUGAGAGCAAAAACAAUGUAAAGUGAAUAUUAAAAAAUGAAAUUAAUUAAAAUUAAUUUAUUUCAAAUAUUUUCAGAACAAAACUUAUUAAAAUGAAAAAAUAAACAAACAAUAUAAAAUAAGCAACCAAAAAAAAAAAAAAAUAAUAAUUUUUUGUACAAAAUAAAAAAAAAAUAAGAAAAAUUUAAAAAAUAUUAAAAAAACAAGUGAAGAAUUAAGAGAUUUAAAU